AUGGCGUCGACGAUAUCUGCCGGCAGUAACGUUUGGAUGGCGUUAAUAUCCCAGGUCCAUAUUAUUUUUGUUCCUCAAUCUGCUCCUUCUCCUCCUUCUCCUCCUCCUCCUUCACCUUCUCCUCAUUCUCCUCCUCCUUCUCCUUCUCCUCUUCCUCCUCCUCCUCCUUCUCCUUCUCCUUCUCCUUCUCCUCUUCGUCCUCCUCCUCCUACUAAACCACCUGUCCCUACUAUUGAUCCCAGUCCCUCCCCAGAUGCAGGAAACCAUGGAAGUUCCAAUUCUCCUGCAAACGUGAUUAUUGUUGCCAUUGUAGUUCCAGUCAUUGGGAUUUUACUCUUCAUUGCACUCCUUUAUUAUUUUCUGAGAAUUAUUAGAAAUUCUAAGAAAAUACAGACAAAAGAUGUGACUGGGAUUUCAACUGAGGAUCAGUCCUUGCAAUAUGACUUUUCUAUUAUUCAAGCAAUUACAAAUAAUUUUUCCCCUCAGAGUAAGAUUGGUAAAGGUGGAUAUGGUUAUGUAUACAAGGGAAUGCUUCCUAGUAGACAAGAAGUAGCUAUAAAAAGGCUUUCGAGAAGCUCAGGACAAGGAGCAAAAGAGUUCAAGAAUGAAGUUGAAGUAGUUGCCAAGCUUCAACACAGAAAUUUAGUUAAGCUAUUGGGAUAUUGCUCCGAAAGAGAAGAAAAGAUACUCAUAUAUGAAUUUGUGCCUAACGGAAGCCUUGACUACUUUUUAUUUGAUGUUGACAAACAAUAUUUAUUGGAUUGGUCAAGACGUUACAAGAUUAUAAAAGGAAUAUCACGGGGAUUACUUUACCUUCACGAAGAUUCUCGUCUUAAAAUCAUACACCGUGAUCUCAAAGCAAGCAAUAUAUUAUUAGAUGCAAAUAUGAAUUCCAAAAUAGCUGAUUUUGGCCUGGCAAGAAUUUUUGAAAUUGAUCAAACUGAAGAAAGUACAAACAGAAUCGUAGGAACAUAUGGCUACAUGCCUCCUGAAUAUGCAAUGCACGGAGAGUUUUCUGUGAAGUCCGACAUUUUCAGUUUAGGCGUUAUACUUUUAGAGAUUAUUACUGGAAACAAAAAUCGCAUCAUCGACCAAUCAAAUAGAACAGUGAACCUUCUCGGCUAUGCUUGGGAACAGUGGAGGGAUGGCACACCAUUGGAAAUACUUGAUCCGGUCCUCGCCAAGUCCUACAAGGUGAACGAAGUCAUCCAAUGUAUUCAUAUUGGUUUAUUAUGCGUUCAAGAUGUUGCAGUUGAAAGACCUACAAUGGCAGAAGUAAUGUUGAUGCUUAGCAGUUAUUCUUCUAAUAGCUGGCCACCACCUCGUGAACCUGCAUUUUACCAUGGUGGAAGGGAGGGGAUACCAAGAGAACCAGAGUUGGAACAACCUAUGACGGUAAAUGAAGUGUCAAUUUCUGAACUCUGUCCGAGAUAAGGGAGACGACCAUGGAGUUCAAGAAUGAAGUUUAAAUAUGCAGAAUUGCUGACAAAAGAGACAGAAGAUUAAGUGCUGAUUCGCUGCAUAUAAUUUUUUUAGGCUUAUUUUCAAAGUCUUAAUUUCAUUGUUUAAGAAAUUUGAGGAGACUAAUUAAGAAUUAUGAAAGAUAGACAAAUAGUCCAAACUUGAAAUCUUUUGAAUUACUUUAAUUGGUAUUACCCUAA